ACGUGCGACCUGUACCUGAGGAGACGCCGGGCACGCGGCCUGGGGGGCCGGAUGAGGGGGAUUCGGCUGCCAUGGCAACAGGCCGGUGAGAUGCGCACGUUUAAGGCUCGUUUAUUUAUUUAAUAUUUCAUUUGCAUGCGCCGCGCGCCUCCGUGGACGUGCCCGUUCGACCUCUGAGUGUCGGGAAGUGGGAUCGGCGGAAGAACCGGAGAAGCAUCAGCACCGGAGAAGCGCAGAAUCGGAGAACCGGAGCACCAGAGCACCGGAGACCUUCAACAAGUUGUUUCAUUUCCCGAGGAGCGGCUCUGACCACCGGUGAAGGACGCAGCUGCCGCCGGUGUCUGGACACGGAAAGUGGGCAGAAGUGGGACUAACCGGAGAAUUACCGGAGAAUAGAUGAGGAACAACCGAGCAGGGAGCGUCGCACCGGGAAGUCCGUCGUGAUGGAGGUUUUCUUCUGACUUCUCUCCGCCCGCCGUGACACGCCGGUUUUCCGUGUGCGUGUCACCGUGAAUCAGAUUCCGUUUCUUCCCGUUAAUAACCGGAUCAAGUGUCCUUCGUUCCGUUCCUUCACGCACGAUGAUUGACGUGGACGCCGACAGAACCGGGUGAGCGAACCGGACGGAGGAGGCAAGCACCGAACACCGACGGCCAGUGAGUGUGGAGCUCCGUUAUCUACCGUAGACCGGGAAUCCGGUCACAGUAUGACAGGCCGGGGAGCGGUGAGGGCGGCUGGGGAGAGGAGAGGGAGGGCCCGGGGCGGAGAGAAGCGUUUCAAGGACGAGGACGGCGGAAGGACGGAGGAACAUCUGUAGGAACAUCUGUAGGAACAUCUGUAGGACAACAGAGGAACAUCUGGAGGAAUAUCUGUAGGAACAUCUGUAGGACAACAGAGGAACAUCUGUAGGAACAUCUGUAGGAGCAUCUGUAGGAACAUCUGUAGGAACAUCUGUAGGACAACAGAGGAACAUCUGUAGGAACAUCUGUAGGAACAUCUGUAGGACAACAGAGGAACAUCUGGAGGAAUAUCUGUAGGAACAUCUGUAGGACAACAGAGGAACAUCUGGAAGAACAUCUGUAGGACAACAGAGGAACAUCUGGAGGAACAUCUGUAGGACAACAGAGGAACAUCUGUAGGAACAUCUGUAGGAGCAUCUGUAGGACAAGAGGAACAUCUGGAGGAAUAUCUGUAGGAACAUCUGUAGGACAACAGAGGAACAUCUGUCGGAACAUCUGUAGGAGCAUCUGUAGGACAACAGAGGAACAUCUGUAGGAACAUCUGUAGGAACAUCUGUAGGAACAUCUGUAGGACAACAGAGGAACAUCUGGAGGAAUAUCUGUAGGAACAUCUGUAGGACAACAGAGGAACAUCUGGAGGAAUAUCUGUAGGAACAUCUGUAGGACAACAGAGGAACAUCUGGAGGAACAUCUGUAGGACAACAGAGGAACAUCUGGAGGAACAUCUGUAGGACAGAUUAAUAACUGUAGGAACAUCUGGAUCAUGGAGAAACAUCUGGUGGAACAUCUGUAGGAACAUCUGGAGGACGGAGAAACAUCUGGGGUCUGAGGAUGAACUCUGACUAACGGCUGACAUUCUUCUGAGCAGCUUCUCUGGGGAGGAGUCACAGCUACCGUCUCCCCUCUCUCCUCCCUCUGGCCGGUGAUGGACGGUGUGGCUGGAGGCCCCGGUGGAGGCCCCGGUGGAGGCCCGGGUGGAGGGGACUACCUGCCCUGGAGGAACGGGGACUCCAAGCGGCGCAGUAAGGGCAGCCUGCCGUCUCCGGGCUACCGUCUGUCCCAGGCGUCCCUGGAGGGGGAGCGGGGCUCCUUCGGGGGGGACAGCGGGUCCUCGGGGGGCCGCGGCCGCCGCCUCUCCAUCCUGAGCUCCUCCACCCGGGACGGCCUCCCGUUCCGCUCGGCGGGGACCCCGCCCUCCUCUGGCCCCGCCCACCCUCCGCCCCGCUCCGUGGGCUUCGCCCGGGCCGCCCUGGCCUCCACCUCGUCCACCGGGACCGGGGUGGUGGUGGUGGCCGCCGGACCGGAGACCACCAUCACCACGGCGGCCGGGACCCCGGAGCCGGGGGGGCAGUCCGGGCUGGGCGGCUUCGGGAUGGGGCUGGAUGGGGAGGACUUCAGCACCUCCAACCAGAGCACCUUCAUCCAGAGACAGUUCGGGGCCAUGCUGCAGCCCGGCGUCAACAAGUUCAGUCUGCGCAUGUUCGGCUCCCACAAGGCCGUGGCCCUGGAGCAGGAGAGGCUCAAAUCAGCCGGGUCCUGGAUCAUCCACCCCUACAGCGACUUCAGGUUCUACUGGGACCUGCUGAUGUUGCUGCUGAUGAUGGGGAACCUCAUCGUCCUGCCGGUGGGCAUCACGUUCUUCAGGGACGAGAACACUCCGUCCUGGAUCAUCUUCAACGUGGUCUCCGACACGCUCUUCAUGGUGGACCUGGUUCUGAACUUCAGGACCGGCAUCAUGAAGGAGGACAGCACCGAGAUCCUGCUGGACCCCCGGGCGAUCCGGCAGAAGUACCUGAAGACCUGGUUCCUGGUGGACUUCGUGUCGUCCAUCCCGGUGGACUACAUCUUCCUCAUGGUGGACAGUCUGGACUCGGAGGUCUACAGGACGGCCAGAGCGCUGAGGAUCGUCCGCUUCACCAAAAUCCUGAGUCUGCUGCGACUGCUGCGGCUGUCCAGACUCAUCAGAUACAUCCACCAAUGGGAGGAGAUCUUCCACAUGACCUAUGACCUGGCCAGCGCCAUGGUCCGGAUCGUCAACCUGAUCGGGAUGAUGCUGCUGCUCUGCCACUGGGACGGAUGUCUCCAGUUCCUGGUCCCCAUGCUGCAGGACUUCCCCUCCGACUGCUGGGUGUCCAAGAACCUCAUGGUGAACGACACCUGGGGCGUCCAGUAUUCGUACGCUCUGUUCAAAGCCAUGAGCCACAUGCUGUGCAUUGGCUACGGGGCUCAGGCUCCGGAGGGGAUGACCGACGUCUGGCUCACCAUGCUCAGCAUGAUCGUAGGCGCCACCUGCUACGCCAUGUUCAUCGGCCAUGCCACCGCCCUCAUCCAGUCGCUGGACUCGUCCCGCCGGCAGUACCAGGAGAAGUACAAGCAGGUGGAACAGUAUAUGUCGUUCCACAAGCUUCCCGCGGACGUCCGGCAGAAGAUCCACGAGUACUAUGAGCACCGCUUCCAGGGCAAGAUGUUCGAUGAGGAGAACAUCCUGGGGGAACUCAGCGAGCCGCUCAAAGAGGAGAUCGUGAGCUUCAACUGCCGCAGCCUGGUGGCCAACAUGCCGCUGUUCGCCAACGCAGAUCCCAACUUCGUCACCGCCGUCCUCACCAAGCUGCGCUUCGAGGUGUUCCAGCCGUUAGACUUCAUCAUCCGGGAAGGAACCGUCGGACGGAAGAUGUACUUCAUCCAGCACGGACGGGUCAGCGUUCUGACCCGAGGGAACAAGGAGACCAAGCUCAGCGAUGGGUCCUACUUUGGAGAGAUCUGUCUGUUGACUCGUGGACGGAGAACCGCCAGCGUCCGAGCCGACACCUACUGCCGUCUUUACUCUCUGAGCGUUGACAGUUUCAACGAGGUUCUGGAGGAACAUCCCAUGAUGAGGCGGGCCUUCGAGACCGUGGCCGUGGACCGACUGGACCGAAUCGGCAGGAAGAACUCGAUGCUGCUGCGUAAGUCGUCGCAGGGCGGCUCUCUGGGCGGCAGCAUGGGUCGAGGCGGAGGUCGUGGUGGAGCUGCUGGCGGCGGCCUGGGGGCUGGAGGUUUGGGGUCCUGUGACAGCAUGCUGGUGCAGCAGAUCGUCAAACACGACAGCAUGCCAGCCAUGCAGGACGCCAUCGCUGCCGCCGCGGCCGGACGAAGCGGCGUGAUGGGCGGCAGCGGCACCGUGUCCCCCCGACCUCGACCUGUCAUCUGGGCGCCGCUGGUCCACGCCCCCCUCCAGACCGCUGCCGCCACCAGCAACGUGGCCAUCGCCCUGAUGCACCAGCAGCAGCAGCAGCAACUGCAGCAGCUGCAGCAGCAGCACGCUCUGGGCGGGGCCUUCUUCCUGCCCUCCCCUCUCAUCUCCCCCUCGCCCUCCUCCUCCUUCCCCCUGUCGCCCCCCAGAGCUCCGGUCCUGCAGCCCCUCCGGCCCUCCGUCAGCUCCCUCAUCGGGAUGAUGGCCAUGGGAGGGAUGGGAGGGAUGGGAGGUCUGUCUCCCAGGAGCUUCCCCGUCUCCCCGUCCACGCUGGGCCCCCCUGCUGGGGUGACAUCACCUCCUGUUGCUAAGACUCCGCCCACUCCAGCGUCUUCUGUCCCCACGUCUGUCCAGCAGGGAAGGACUCUGCAUUACGGCCUCCGUCUGCCAGCAGAUCACCCCUCACCUAUCUCUGGACCUAUAGGAACCCUGACAGGACCGGCCCAUCCCAUCCACAAAGCUCCGCCCACAAACCCCCCAGCUGGCAGCCCGUUGGAUGGAAACACGACUCAGCAGGGAGCUAAAGAAGCUCUGCUGCGUCACGGAGGCGGCAGCUCUCAGGGCCUGCCAGCGCUGGGCCGACUGACCCAGGAGGCCCGGCUGCUGUCAGCGUCGCAGCCCACCCUGCCUCACCGCUCCUGGGCUCCCGUGCAGCCCCACCCCCCCCUGCACCGGAAGGCGUCUGGAGGGAACCUGCUGGCGGCGCCGUUCCUGGCGGGGCAGCUGGCCAGAGGGGGCAGCGCUGGCAUCCUGUCCUCCAACCUGCAGCUGGUCGCCAACGUCCCAUUCAACCAGCCGCCCGGAGCUCACCUCCCUCCUGCUGCCUCUCCUCCCAAACAGACCCCUCUCUCCUCCGCCACUCCUUCCCCUUCCUCCCCCACCCCCAUCCUCACCCAGACUCCUCGACCCAAACCCUACCCCGUGCCUCCCUCCUCUCCUCCCCCCUGCUCCACCCCUCCUCUCUCACUCUCGUCCACUCCUCGACCCAAACCGACUCCUUCUCCUCGCUCCUCGUCUCCGUCUCCGUCCUCCACACCGCCUCCGUCUUCUGUCUCCACCCCCGUCCCUCUACCUCAGCCUUAUGGGACCAAGACCUCCCUCACCUCCUCGUCUCCUCCUUCGUCUUUACUCUCCUCCUCCCCUCCUCACCCCCAAAGCCCCCGAACCAAAACCUCCAUCACCCCUCCGUCUGCCUCCCCUCUGUCUGGCCCCAGCCCCACUCUGACCCCCAUCCCUUCUCCGACUCCCACCCAAACCACCCGCACCAGAACUUCCACGUCCUCCCAGACUCCCACUCAGACCCUCACCCCGGUCACUCCCACCCUCACCCCUUCGCCUUUCCCGUCCCCCAUCCCAGUGACGUCCAUCCCCAAGAGUCCGAGCCCUUGUUUCCAGCCGCCCAGAGGCUCCACCUCCGGCCCCAAUCCGCCACUCCACCCCUCCAGCUCCGUCACCCCAACUAAAGUAACGUUCUCGGUCCAUCCGGUGAAACAAACCUCCCCCGUCCUCACCCCGAGUUGCUCCAUCAAACCCAACCAGAGCUCCGCUAACCCGUCCACCAGCCCCGCCUCCCCGGGCGUCCAGUCCUCAAAACUCAACCCCCCGUCGGUCCAAACCUCUCAGGCAUCCGGUGCCGCCUCCGCCCAACCUCUCUCCACCUCCACCUCCCCUAAAGGCGGGAAAAAGGACCCUCAACUCGCCAGAAAAGACUCGGAGGGACUCAAACACCAACCUCCCGCCAACAUGUGAGGAAAAGAAGAAGAAUUGUGUGACUUUGGAGCUUCAUUCCUUCUAGGAUGUGAUCAUCUUAGAACAUCAGGUGUUCGUGUGACUGCUGUCCAUCGAUGAGACAGACUUUCUGAGUCUUAAAAAAAACAAACAUCCCAACAUGUACGUACAUAUCUGUGUUAGUGAUCACUGGAGCCAGCAGGGGGCCGAGCUGCGAAGCCAGGUUAGCGAGUUAGCGAGGUUCUAAAGGCCUGAAGUCAGUUUACAGAGUCACGAAGGUGGAUCUCUUUUAAUCUGGAUAGAUCUCCAUGGUAACUGAUGCCUCAGAGCUAGAUCUCCAGUAGAAUAUAAGAACAGCAGCAGCUCUCUUUAACCCUCGUGUCAUCCUGCGGGUCAAAUUGACCUGUUUUAAAGUUUGAAAAUGUGGGAAAAAUAUAUUUUCACAGUGAAACGUCUGAUGUCCACAUUUUCAACGUUUUUGGGAAAUUUCUGAACAUUUUUUGGUGGAAAAUAAGAAAUGUUAAGAAUGUUUCUUAAGAUCAUUCAUAAAAAAAAAAAUCAACCAAAAUCCAGCAAAUUUCACUGGAUUUUGGUUGAUUUUUCUGUGAAUGUUCUUAAAGAAAAUAGAAGUUUUACUGAUAUAUAUGGAAUCACUUUAGAUAUUUUUAGGAUUUUUUUUGGAAGAUUUUUACUCAUUUUUUGAAAAUAUUUACAAGAAUUUUCUUGCCAAUUUCUUGCAAAUUUGGGGGAUUUUUUUUUUUUUAAUAAAACUUUUAAGGGAAACUUUUAAGGAAUUAUUGGAAUUUUCUUCCUGAAGGUUUUGCAAAUUUUCAGAAAUUUGGGGAAUUUUUUUUGCUGAUUUUUGGGAUUUUUUUUCAGACAAGGAAACAAUAUUUUUUGGUGCCUGUAAAUGAGGACAACAGGAGGGUUAACAUCAUUAAAUUAGUUCUGUGUUAAAACAACUAUUUGACUGAACUGGGGAACAAGAAAGAAGGAGAAAAACAAGAAACAGGUGAUCUUCUACUGAAGUGCACACGAUUGGUCUGUUUGGUGCAGAAAAAGAGUCAGACGACGCCUUAAACACUCAGAAAUCCUCAUUCAACAGAGAAAACCUGGAACCUCCUCUGUGAUUCCCGUCGUCUCUGACUUUGGUUUUAGUUUUCACUGAGUUUCUUGCACAGAGAAACGUGGUCUUUGCUUCGUAGUUUGGCCUUCGGGGGGCUGACGUGGAAAUAUGCUGCAGAUCCGCUAAAACAAGAAGCUGAGAGCUCAGAAAACAGCAAUACUGGUGGUGAUAAAUGCUGAAGAUGGUUUCCAGCUCAGACUCCCUCCUGCCUCUGUCUCUUCAUCAGAAUCCUGCUAACUAACCUCUGUAAUGGUUUAGAAACUCGCUGUGAGAAGAACCUAGGAGCCGUAGAUGUUCCAGCUGUGUGGUGUUUUAGUUUUAAACUGGUUUCUUUGGUGUGCUGGUUCCGUUUCUGUAAAUACUCUCCUCUCUUUCAUCGUCCUGCUGCCUUUCAUCCGGCUCCCUUCCUCCUCCUGUGGUCCAUCUCUGUGGUGUUUGAUGUUCUCUGUGAGUAGCAACCAGGCAGAUCUGUCUUAAACCCUGAUACCAUGUUGCCUAGACGAUAUAUUAAGGACCAAAUGUUUUAUUUUUGAUUUAUCACAGCUUUAGUUUAGCUGGAGAUGAAUCCUGAGUGUGAUGAUGAUGAUGAUGAUGAUGAUGAUGAUGAUGAUGAUGAUGAUGAUGAUGAUGAUGAUGAUGAUGAUGAUGAAGGUGUAGAUCUGGAAUAAAGUGGAUUUAGAUAUCA